CAUUCUGUUUAUAAGUAGUACCUAUCUCUCAAAACGCCGUCGUUUUCGUCUGCCCUUUCCCCCAAAACACAAAAUAAAAGGUCCAAAUUAGUGAAUCCCAAUUUCCCGGCAAUGAUCGCGGAUUGAUCCAACCAUGGAUUCCGAUUCAGUGAAAUCGAGCUUCACCUACAUGGGCCGCAAGUUCACCGAUCUCAGCCUCAACGACUCCUCCUCCUCCGCCUUCAGCGACUGCAACAGCGACAGAUCCGGCGAGUUCCCCACCGCCUCUUCGCAGAGCCGCCGCCUCUUCCUCUCCUGCGCCUCCGAUAACUCCGACGAGCUCAUCUCUCAGCUCGUCUCCGCCCUCGACUCCGACAGCAUCGACGAGCAGAAGCAAGCCGCCAUGGAAUUGCGCCUCAUGGCCAAGAACAAACCGGAGAAUCGGAUCAAAAUCGCCAGAGCCGGAGCGAUCAAGCCGCUGAUCUCGAUCAUCUCCUCCAACGAUCCGCAGCUGCAGGAGUACGGCGUCACGGCGGUGCUAAACCUCUCGCUCUGCGACGAGAACAAGGAGGAGAUCGCCUACUCCGGCGCGAUCAAGCCGCUGGUCCGCGCUCUCAAAUCCGGCACCUCCACCGCCAGGGAGAACGCCGCCUGCGCGCUCCUCCGCCUCUCGCAAAUCGAGGAGAACAAAGUCGCGAUCGGGAGGUCCGGCGCGAUUCCGCCGCUGGUGGACCUCCUCGAGAGCGGCAACUUCCGCGGCAUGAAGGACGCGUGCACCGCGCUCUACUCGCUGUGCACGGUGAGGGAGAAUAAAAUUAGGGCGGUGCAGGCUGGGAUUUUGAAACCCUUGGUUGAGCUGAUGUCCGAUUUAGGAUCGAAUAUGGUGGACAAAUCGGCGUUCGUGCUGAGUCUCCUGAUGUCGGUGCCGGAGGCGCGCGCGGCGCUGGUGGAUGAGGGCGGCAUACCCGUGCUUGUGGAGAUCGUGGAGGUCGGGACGCAGCGGCAGAAGGAGAUCGCCGCUGCCAUACUUUUGCAGUUGUGCGAGGAUUGCUUGGCCUACCGAACUAUGGUGGCCCGCGAAGGAGCCAUUCCCCCCCUGGUGGCUCUGUCGCAGACCGGGACCACCCGCGCCAAACAAAAGGCGGAAGCACUGAUUGAGCUUUUACGGCAGCCAAGAUCCACCAACGGCGCUGCGAGGGACAUAUGAAUAUGAUCUGUCGCUAUCUUCCAUCCCCACAUGAUGCCCCAACCCCCACUUCCACAAGAGGACAAAAUAGAUACACAGAUACAGGUAAAAAAAUACCCAUAAAUAUCAAAGAGGUAGGGGCAGAACUGUAAAUACUCAAUGCUGUAACAGUGUCAUUUGUGAUGAAGCUUUGUAAAUUUGCCUCCCCAAUCCCACCUCGAUUUUGAUCUUGGUAAAAAAAUAAAAAUGGAAAAAAGAAAAAAAGUGUUUCAUUCCGAUACUUCAACGUUUGUUCCCUUGGUUUUGCCUAUUCUAUUUUUUGAGUGUAAGUUUUUGUGUUUGAAGGGAUUUUGUAUUUAAUAUAUGGUCCCAAUUCCCAGA